UCUGUCCUACGUCAGUGCUGCUCUGUCAGCGUUGCUGCCUUGCCGCCAUUACUGCGUUUGCCGUUGUCCUCGUCCUCGAUGUUGUCGGGAGGCUGAGGUGGUGAGAGGAUUGGCUUUGAUUUUUGUGAGACUGGACGAAGACCAGUCUAGGACUGAGCCAGUGGGAAGAGGGGAACAGAUUGAUGGCAGGGACUGUAUGUGUGACCGUUGUUUGACAGCGACGGAAGUGUGUCAGGCGCUAGAGUGACUAGGCCUCAUUGACCAUGGCGGUGGACUUGGGGGACCACUCCAGUGGCUUUCGCCACAGUGAAGUGAUUAGAUUUAUUAAUAAUGAAAUCCUCAUGAAUGGAGGUGGGCCUGAAUUCUACACGGCUUUCCGCAUGCGUCCCUGGAAUGAAAUAGAAGACCAACUUUGCACCAUUCUGAUCGACCCUCAGGUGCCACGUUCUUUCAAAAGGGCCUGCACCUGGAGUGCCUUGGCCCUGAGCGUGCGAGUAGGUGAGAGGGAGCGUGAGCAGCAGGCUUAUAUGGUAGGGUUGCCACAAAAUACAAUGGGGCAGCACCCCUCGGCUCCCGGAGCCUCAGUCUCAGAGCUGUGGCAGCUGCGUCAACAGCGAGAGGAGGCAGUCACCCAACUGCUUUCCACUCAAGCUGCCCUACAGCAGGCCAUGAGGGAAUGUGAUGUAUUGCGCAGGAGGCUGUACCAUGCUGAAAGGUCUGCCCAGACGGCUAUGACGGUUCAAGAUAUGGUGCCGAGAGCUCAAACCCAACAGCUUGGUGCUUCAGUGGUGCCUCUGAAUCCAGAUCAUGCAAGAGUUAUGGGUGCAAUGGGUGGGUACGACAGGCACUAUUUGGAGGCACAGGCAUCAGCUGCAACAAAUGUUUUUUACAUGCCGGGAAGCACAAGUUCCUGGCCCCUGGCCAUGCAACCUUCUGUGCCAGUUCCAGUUCCAUACCAAUUCCCACCACAUCCACAAUUCCUAAUGGGAUCUCCAUUCGUGAUGCCCUUUUCACCUCCAGUAGUCAUGGAAACAGAAGGUGUUGUAGUUCCAGUUCAGAUGCCUCCUGUGUAUCAAUCAAGUCCAUUUGCUGCACCAUGCUCCCGGGAUCCAGCUGGUCUACGGGACCAGAGAAGCUACAUGGCUACUGAAGCUCCUCCAGUCAUCCAGCGUUCUUUUCCCUCAGGGAACAUCAGAGACUUCAGACAGGAGGGACGCCCAGAGAAGUCGCAGGGGACAGAUACCAGGGGAAACAAUAGAAGCCACAUUCAAGGGCAAGGUCUACGAAGAAUCCAGGAGAGGGUUACCUUAGUGGAUACUGGAAAUGAUAAUGAAAACAAAGAAGAAAAUGGGAAGGAAGAAGAGAACAGAGAGAAGGAAGUAACACCUGCAGUACCAGCAGAAGUAGCAGCAGCAGCAGCAGCAGCAGCAGCAGCAGCAGCAGCAGCAGCAGAUGGCGCAGAAGAAAAAGGAGAAGAAAAACCAGCAGCAGCAGCCCCCGCCGCCGCAGCAGCAUACAGUAAUACUGUAGACAGCCUGCAGAGUCUCCAGGAACUACAUCUUUCUGAGGAAGGUGAGCUCCACAGCCCAAGUGAAAAAUGUCCCCAGACAACACCUCUGCCUCCCUUGGGCUCAAGGAGAAGUCAAAUCAAAAAAGGUGUGAAGGAGGUCCAGCCAACCCAUGUGUGGGAGAGCUGGAGCCAAGUGGUGAGAGACAGCCCAAAGAAACAACAGCCUCAGCUACGGAAGAAGGAUAGGAAACCACAAAUGGGAGCAGCUUCCGAAUCCCAGCCUGCCUCAGCGUCGGGGUCUGGCCAAGGUGUAAAGCUAUGAAUUUUUCCUUGUUCCAAGUCUGCUCCAAGUGCAGAGUUUAUAUGGCAGCUGAGGGUGGAGGACAAACACACUGAUUGCAGAAAUUUUUCAGGUGGUGAAUUCCUGAUGGCUAUUCCUGAUGAAAUGACACUCUGAAGUAAAGAAGAUGAAAUUAUGAAACCUUUUUUUUUUUUUUUUAGUUCUCCGCUUCUGUUUCCUUCUUAAUUUCCUUUUUCUGAAAAUACCACAUAUUGACUAGGAACACUCAAAAUUAUAAUCUGCAUUGAAUUUUGGAAAUAGAACUCUUUCUUGAAAAUACUGUUUUUCUUUUGUUUGCUUUUCUAAAGUUUAUAGGUUAAAGCAGUGUUUAGAUAUCACAUCUCUACAAAUUUGCUUGUUGGUGAGGAAGCUGAACUUGCUCAAUUAUAAUACCACCCAAGAUCCGAAAGAAACAUCUUAAUUCUCAUGGGCCCUGUAAUUCAGUGAGACCCCCACUAGCUAAAGCAAAGACAAGUUAAACGUAAGAGAAGAAAAGAUUACUGGCACACAGCAUGGGGUCACUGUAGAACAAACUAGUUUUGUUAGAAUUUAAUUCUUCACUAGGAUGAUGGGCUAGCUUAAAAGAGUUUUGGAGAUUGUAAUGUUAAAUUCUAUAUGAUAAAUU